GUGUAGAACCCGACAACCACAACCGCACUCUCUCUUUGCUCCGCCUUCGAUUCAACAUCAUCUUUCAUUAUGGGAUCGAUUCUGUCCCUGUUACACCGCCCUUAAAGCCUCUUUGGUUGUUAGGUACUGUCAGUAGCGGGUACGUCUUCCCUGGUUUUUUCAUUUUCUUGUGAAGUUUAUAGCGAGUUGGCUCUUGCAAGGUAAAGCAUCAUUUUUUUGUCUCCUGGGAAAGAAACUUGAAGUAGAGAAGGCCUCUAUUAUUUUUUGGCCCCAGUGGAGAUUUGCUAGUAUUAGGACUAUCUGAUCAUACUAAGACUGCUCUCUGUCUUCCUCGGCUUAGUUUUCCUCUUUGUUAUCUGAGCAAUUAAGAGAACUAGAAGUUAAAUGUCCUGUUGGCUUGUUUUGUUGUGAUUUGACUUGACGAUAAUUAAAUAGUCACAGAAUGGAAGACCAGGCCAACGAGUGGAAAAACCAGGGAUAUGAGGAGAACAAUGGAUGCUGGAUUUGGGAUAAAGGUUUGGCAUUGGGAAAGAAGAUUUUGGUUACUGGUUUUGUCAUUUCUUCUGCACCAUUUCUUCUCCCUCCUUUAGUGGUUAUUUCAGCACUUGGAUUGGCUUGUUCAGUCCCAUAUGGGAUUUACCUGGCAAGUCAUGCUUGCACUGAAAAACUUACGAGCAAAUUGCUUCCAACGCCUGCAACAUUUGAAGAAAAAUAUGGUGGAGAAGAUGCAGGACUUGAAGAUGAUUUUGGUAUAGAAAAUGAGGAAGAAGAGCUAAAAAGAAGGGUUGAGAUGAGGCUUGAGCAAGAUGAGAAGGGAGCUGAGGAAGAGAAGUCACCAGAAGAGAUUAGUGAAGAUAUAGGGGAAAAGGAGGAAGAAGAGCCGGUGAUAGAAAAAAGCAAGGAUGAAGAAGCGGAGAUAUGUGGAAUUACUAUUGAAAUUGAAGGUGAGAAAACUGACAGCAAUGUUAGAGAGGAGGAGCAGCAAUUAGAAGUGACAGGCAUUACUAUAGAAGUUUGCCAGGGAGGGGAUAAAGAAGAAAAUGAAGAACUGCUAAAGGAGACAACAGGACUGAUGGAGAAAUUAAGAGAUGAGGGUAUGAUUGAUGAGGGAGCAGGCAAAGAAAAGCGGAGUGCAGAAAAUGUGCAUGAAGAUGCAGAGGAAGGACUAAAGGAAAAUGAUAAAAGUGCUGGAAAAACUGUUGCACAAUCAAGAGAUACAAAUGUUGAUCAAAAUGCUGUCGAUAUUGAUCGAGAAGUAGAACAAGAGAAGCAGAGUGCAGAAAAAGUGCAUGAAGUUGCAGUGGAAGGACUUAAGAAAGAUGAUACAAGUGCUGGAGAAACUGUUGCACAAUCAGGAGGUACAAAUGUUGAUCAAAAUGCUGGCGAUAUUGAUCGAGAAGUAGAACAAAACGGUCACAAGACAAAUGGAUUUGUAGAAAAUGCAUCUGCUCCCCAAAAGACAAAUGGAUCUGUAGAAAUUACACCUGCUCUCCAAAAGGAAAAAGUAUCAGAUAAAAAGGCUGGUGAUGAAAACAUUAGAGGAGAAGAUAAAUCUGUCGCUAGGGAGGAAGCUACACCCCCAGGAGGAAGAGGGCAGGAUAACAGGGAGAAGGCUACAGAUCAUGGGACAUCACAAGGGAAUAAUCAGUCAAGUAACACUCCCCCAAACAAUGCUGAUUCCCUGCAAGUUACAGCUGGUGGAAUUCCUUCCGGAAAUGGCACUUCCAAUGAGAUGCCGGACAGCGAGGAGAAGAUGUGGGAAAAAAUUGAUGGAAUGCGCAAAAUAGUAGGAUAUACGGCUGCACGACAUGCUACGUGUAUUGGGGAACUCAAGGCUCUCUAUGUUUUCACUGGAGUCGAACCACCUGCUUCAUUCAAGGAUCCCUCUGAUUUGGCGGAAGUGAAUGACAAGUUUAAGUUUCUGAUGUCCAUUGUUGGAGUCAAAUAGGCACUUGGUUUGUCAAGAACUUGAUUUGAAUGUUAUCUUGUUUUAGAAAACCUCUAUCCUAUAUUGUGUUUUCUGUGAUAAUAAUGCGAACAUUUUGUUAUGUAAUGCUAAGGGUUUUAGUUACGAACUUGCAAGAGACAUUCUCCAAA